AUGUCUACCAGUCUUCCCGAUUAUGGCGCUUUAGGCUACAAGGAAAUUAUUGCUACCCUUGAUGGAUCCGUCGUCACUGUCGUCAUCAACCGAGCCAAGUACAGGAACACGUUUGGAGGAGUUCUUGACAAGGAACUUAUCAACGUAUUCCAACUUUGUGAUCGAGAUGAUCGCGUUCGGGUCGUCAUUUUGACAGCAGAACACACAGCACCGGCGUACUGUUCUGGCGCAGAUCUAACUAAUGGAUGGAAUCUCCUUUGGCUGGAAGAGUCUGAAAAAGAAGGCGAACACGCUCACCGUGACAGUGGAGGACAAGUUUCGUUGGCCAUCAUGAACUGCCGUAAAAUCACGAUAGCAGCAAUAAAUGGACAUGCCGCUGGCGUUGGGAUGACGGCCUUACAGCUCCCUUUUGAUUUCCGCUUUGUCUGGGCCGGAGCGAGGCUGACCUUCCCAUUUGUCCGUCGUGGAAUCGCACCAGAAGGUCAUUCGAAAGCCAGUUAUCUCAUGCUUUCUGGGGCUGUUGUGUCUCCGGAUUCAAAGCACAUAAGCGACCUAUAUCACGAGAUUAUUCCUACUCGUGAAGCCGUGUAUCCUACGGCCAAAGCAUUUGCAGAAGAGCUUGCUGCUAAUACUUCACAAGUGGCCGUAGCGUAUACUAAAGGCCUUCUGCAACAUCCAGGAGACUCUAUCGAGGAAAACCAUCUCCUUGACUCUAGGGCCAUUAAACUCCUAGGAAGCUCUGCCGAUGGUCAUGAAGGUGUACAAUCCUUCAAGGAAAGGCGCCUGCCCAAGUUCACAGGAACUUUAUCCAAAGAUUCCUCACCAUGGUUCCCUUGGUGGAAACGAGUUGACGUUUCACACUACAAAACUAAAUUAUAA